AUGGGCGUCCCUUCGUUUUACAGAUGGCUAGUGGGAAGAUACCCAAACAUAGUCGUCAAAGCCCUGCCGCCACCAGAUCAAGAAAACGCAUCCACCAGCAAUCUGCUCCUCCCAAACCCAAAUUGGUUCGAGUUUGACAACCUCUAUCUGGACAUGAAUGGAAUCAUCCACCCUUGCUUCCACCCAGAAGACCCUUCCAACCCGAUUCAGCCGACAACGUUUGAUCAAGUCUACAACGCGGUGUUCGACUACAUCGAUCACUUGUUCAGCAUCGUGCGGCCGAGGAAGCUCCUGUUCAUGGCUGUGGAUGGAGUCGGCCCGCGUGCCAAGAUGAAUCAGCAGCGGGCCAGACGGUAUCGAUCAGCCAAAGAUAACGAGAUUGCGGAAGAGGAGGAAGAGUGUUUGAGGAAGCAAUUCGAGACGGAAGGCAAACAGAUUCUUCCGAAAAUGGAGUCCGAAUUGUCGGACUCCAACAUCAUAACCCCUGGGACGGAGUUCAUGUUCGAGCUGUCGAAGAAGCUGCAGCAUUACGUGAAUUUGAGAAUGGAGACUAGUCCUGGAUGGAAGGAUAUCAAAGUUGUGCUUUCCGACGCAAGUGUUCCGGGGGAAGGAGAACAUAAGAUCAUGUCGUUCAUUCGGGAGCAGCGUUGCCUGCCUGAUUACAACCCGAAUACCCGCCAUUGCCUCUAUGGACUGGAUGCUGACUUGAUCAUUCUGGCUCUGGCGACACACGAAGUCCACUUCUCGAUACUACGAGAGGAUGUGGCUUUCCAAGAAGAGCAACGGGUGUGUUUCUCUGCUUUGAUGAGUAGCCUUUCGACAGUUGAGGCGAAAGCUUUCAAGUCGAGAGGAUGGUUCAAGGAUGUGAAAGUUGAACAAGAGAAACCAUUAGCUAAAAAGCCUGCAUCUUCUGUCAGGAAGACAUAUCAGUUCCUCCAUGUUUGGAUUCUGAGAGAGUACCUGGAGAUUGACAUGAGAAUCUCUGAUCCUCCGGAGAAGUUUGAGUUCGAUGUAGAUCGGGCCAUUGAUGAUUUCUUGUUCAUAUGCUCCUUCGGGGGGAAUGAUUUUCUUCCCCGCAUGCCUACCCUGGAGAUUCAUGAGGGUGCACUUGAUCUUUUGAUGACUGUUUAUAAGGAGCAUUUCAAAAGUCUUGGUGGCUACCUGGUGGAUAUGGAAAAGGUGCAAGAGACCAAAAAUGUGUUUAUCAAGCUUAAGAGAGUGGAGAAGUUCAUCUUGGAGGUUGGGAAGUAUGAGGACAGAAUUUUCAAGAAAAGAUCAGAACUUCGAGAUAAAAAAAUUAGGCAGGUUGCUGCUUAUGUAGCUGCUGAAAACGAGGACGGGAAUACAGACUCGUCACUGGAGAUAGCGAAGGAUCCAAGCUCGGCUUCUAUUGGAAGUUCGUCGGUUUCUGAAGAUCAAAUACUGAAGAACACAAGGGAGUUUAAGGAAAGAUUAAGGUCUUGUCUUAGGAAGAAAGCUGAUCAUUUCAGAGACGGUGAUUUGGUGAUCGACAAGGUGAAUCUUGGUACUGAUGGAUGGAAUAAGAGAUACUAUCAAGAGAAGUUCUCUGCUGAAACUCCAAGUGAGAUUGAAGUCCAGAAGUAUACAGAAGGACUGCUGUGGGUUCUGCAAUACUACUAUUGUGGAGUCCCUUCGUGGAAUUGGUACUAUCCAUACCAUUAUGGACCGUUUGCAUCUGACCUCAAGGGACUGUCACAAGUAAAGGUGAAGUUCCACAAGGGUUCACCAUUCAAACCCUUUGAGCAGCUCAUGGCUGUCUUACCACCACGAAGUUCAACUGCACUUCCCAAAGCAUAUCGGAAGCUGAUGACGGAUGAGAAGUCCGACAUCAUCAGCUUAUUCCCAACUGAUUUUGAAGUAGACAUACAGGGAAAGCGGUUUUCCUGGCAGGGGAUAUGCAAGCUUCCUUUUGUCGAUGAACGACUGCUAUUAGCAGAGCUCCAUAAAGUUGACAAGGAUCUCCAAGGUCAUGAAACCGAAAGAAACAAACAGAAAACUGAUAGAUUGUUCAUUAGAAGAAGCAGUUUGCCUGAAGAUCAGCUGGCCUCAUUUGUUUCGACCAUGGAGAAAGGAAUCUUCAGCAAGAUGGACAUUGCAUCAUGUGGAAUUGGUGGAUUUGUUUGCCUGGACCAAGAGUUUUGGUGCAGCAUUAUGGAUAGGACUGUCUUAUGUCUUCUGCUCGAGUCGACCAAGGAAAUAAAACACAUUCCUCGCCCUCUCGCAGGAACAACAUUUCCCGACAAGACCAUAACUGAAGCUGACAUCGUAGCCGAGCAGUUAUGGCAUGAAAUCCCUGUCUCCAGAUACACUACCAACCACAGAAACAGAGAUUGGAGCAGAAGAAGCAACAGAGGAGAACCACACAAUGACAAUGCACUGAGCUCAAAAACAUCCUUUAGGAGUAAUGCCAAUGCAGUUCGAUUUACGGCUAACCCUUCUCCAAGACCGAUCCUCAAGCCAGCUGGACCAUCCAGCACAGGUUUCAGCAAUGGCAGAGGAAGAGGGAGGAUCAGCUCUCUUCAUCCAGAUCAGGUUUCAGCACAACCAAAGUUGCAAGAGGGUGAAAGCAGCAGCUAUAGCUUCAGGCCACAGAAGAACUACAAUCCGACCAACCCAUGGAAGCAGCAGCCAUGGCAGUUGAAUAGCAAUAAUAAUGAUCAUUUAAGGUAUCAACAGGAGACUGGAAGUCAGGUUUCAGCACAACCAAAGUUGCAAGAGGGUGAAGGCAGCAGCUACAGAUUCAGGCCACAGAACUACAACCCGACCAACCCAUGGAAGCAGCAGCCAUGGCAGUUGAAUAGCAAUAGUAAAGAUCAUUUAAGGUAUCAACAGGUGACUGGAAGAGGGCAAUGGAGCUCCACAUCAUCAUCAUCAGCUGGCAAUGAUCACUACCCAUCUCUUGCACAAAGGUAUGGAAGAGUUGUUGGCAAUAGUAACAAUGGCCCACGUGGGUCUUCUUCUGCAACUAGCUGGAGGGCAAGAGAGCAGUCCUCAUAA